AUUAUCCCCAAAAAGGAAAUUAUUAAACUCAAAAGACUCUUGUAUUUUCUCUCCCCUUGGUUUUGAAUUCGCUCGCCGCCGACGCGGGUGGCUUCCGUCGAGAAGCUUCUGGAAGCUUCCGGGACCGGGGCGCCGUCCCCCGCCUCGGCGUUCGUGCGUGCGGCGGCGAGGCGGCCCGUGGCUCGGCGAUCGAUCCGUUGCUUGCUUGCUUGCUGCGGGAGGAAAGGGCUCAAGAUGGUCGUCUCAAUCAUUACCAGAGCUUUAAUACUUAUUCUUGGAUAUGCAUACCCAGCCUAUGAUUGCUACAAGACAGUGGAGCUGAACAGACCUGAGGUUGAGCAGUUGCGGUUCUGGUGUCAGUACUGGAUUUUACUAGCAGUUCUAACUGUUUUUGAGAGAGUUGGGGAUAAUUUUGUAUCAUGGUUACCAAUGUAUAGUGAAGCAAAGCUGGCAUUUAUCGUGUAUCUAUGGUAUCCCAAGACACAGGGCACUUCCUAUGUGUAUGAGUCAUUCUUCAAGCCGUACAUUGGCAAACAUGAAGCUGAAAUUGAUCGCAAUCUACUUGAGUUGAGGACUAGAGCUGGUGAUAUGGCAGUUCAUUACUUCCAGAAGAUCGCAGACUACAGUCACACAAGGUUCUAUGAAAUCUUGCAAUAUAUUGCUUCGCAGUCAGAGGCUCAAAGAUCUCGUCCUCAGGCACAGCAACACCAGCAGCGUCCACCACCUCCACGGACUCGGCAGGUGAACCCUGCACCGCCGCCUGUUCCUUCACCGUCAGCGCCUCCGCUGCCGCCACAGCCUCCGCCGCCAAGGAACCAAGCUCAAGCUGACAAGGCCCCAAUUCCGGUCGCCCCUCCAGGCGCCGCCGUGCCUCCUGCACAGCCACAGCCACAGCCACCUCAAGCAGGCGCUGAAGCCGUCACAACGGAGAGCACCGAGGCGACGCAGGCGGCCAAUCCACCGGCGACGACGGCGAGCAACCCGCAUCAAGCGCCGGUAAUACCCGACGAGGAGACGCUCAUCCAGGAGGCGAUCCGGAUGACACGGAGCCGGCUCAGGAGGCGCAUGGGUGGAGCUUGAACUGGACCGCCGCCGAUGUACGUAAAGCUCCCACGCCACGGGAUCAUUUCUCGUCAUACGUUUCGCUCUCGACGCAGGGUGCACACUGCACUGCAUGCACAUCCUGAAAUCUGAAUCCUGUGUAAAAAAAAAAAAACAAUCUGAAGCCUGUUGGUUUCGUUUCGCGGUUUCGCAAUUGUGUAUAGAUCCCACCAGGUCACCAGGAAGUAGAACAGUAGAUUGAUGGACAUUGUGAUGGCACGAGAAGAUCAGUAACCGAGUACAUUGGUAAAGAAAGAAAGAUACUUGGUUGGUAGAUGAUAUGUGAAUGUGAGCAACUUAGGACAAUUGUCCCUCA